GACACGCGCCCUCGGUUAAACUCAUCCGGUAAUCAUUUCCGAGGCACGUAAGCGCGUGGAAUUUUGAAUAAAUCGAUAACAUUGUGAUUGUAUGUGCUGGCGAUCGUUAAAUCUUGUUUAUUGCGUGAAAUGUGUUGUAAUAGCAUCGAUAAAAAUUAUUUGUACGGGCUGUAACGUACGUAAUCACUUGAAGAAAGGAGUAAGAAAUAAAAAGUUUGAUACAAGAUUAAAUAUAAUAACAAUGCCUGCUGUGCGCAUUUGUGAUCCUGUUACGGCUACACUCUGCCGUACGUUAGAGAAUAGUCAACCCAAAACAUCGGAUGAUUUAUCAACAAGUUUAGUUAGUAGUGCAUCUAGAAUCCUCCAAUCUGAAAUUCAAUACAAGGAAGUGGAUGAUUAUCAAACAACGAUAUUGGAUCAACUUAAAGCCAAAUAUAUUGUAUUAAGCUUACCAAACUCAGAAAAUUCAGAUGAUAAACCAAAAGAUGGUACAACUUAUGUGAAAAGGAAUGAAAGAAUGGUUAAAGGACCUAGUUUACCAGAGCCAACCACUACUUUAUACUCUCCAAAGAAAAUCAGUCUAGGAUGGAAGGGCACGUUUCCAGUUGGAGCUGGCAUGUAUAAUGUUGGGAAUACUUGUUAUUUAAAUAGCACCCUUCAAGCACUGUUUCAUGUACCAGCACUUGUUAACUGGUUAUUGUCUGAUACGCAUCACACAUCAAAGUGCGAACAAAAUGUUUUAGAUGGAGGUGGAGAGUGCCUUACAUGCGCAGUGGCUAAGACUUUGCAAUUUAGUCAUCAGAAAUCAGGUUGCGCCAUUAAGCCAUUCUAUAUAUAUAACAAAUUAAAGCUCAUUUGCCGAACUAUGGUUCCGGGACAGCAAGAAGAUGCUCAUGAAUUUUUACGUUAUUUACUAGAAGGCAUGGAAAAGGCUUAUUUAGCAAGACAUAAGGCUGGCAAAUUAGACAGUUAUUCUAAAGAAACCACUCCUAUUAAUCAAAUUUUUGGUGGUUAUAUUCGUACUGAAGUCAAGUGUUUACAAUGUCGACAUGUUUCUACUACAUUUCAACAUUUUCAGGAUUUACUGGUAGAUAUUCGUAAAGCGAGUACUCUGGAUGAAGCACUGAGUAGUUAUUUUAGUCGUGAACAACUAGAUAACAAUGAUUAUAAAUGCGAAGCAUGUAAAAGAAGAGUUCCUGCCACGAAACAAUUUAGCUUAGAACGACCUCCUAAAGUGCUUUGUGUACAGUUAAAGAGGUUUAGUGUUCUGGGAGGAAAAAUAUCUAAACAUAUAGGUUUUAAACAAACAAUAGACAUGGGUCCCUAUCUCUGGAGAGAACCAGGUGAACCUACACAACCGCUCACAUAUAAACUUAUGUCGAUAGUUACGCAUAUGGGUCCAUCGGUAAAUUGUGGACAUUACACAGCCGUUGCCAAGGUUUCAACAGGCCAAUAUUAUUCCUUUGAUGAUUCUUGUGUUCGUCCAAUUAGCUUGAGUAAUGUAUUGAGUACAAAUGCAUACAUAAUGAUUUUUGAAAUGGAACAACAGACACAAACUCAGGUUCAAAAUCAACAGACUGUUAAAUUAAAUGGUACAUUGACUGUAAACAAUACAUUAUCUUCACCAGGAAGUCCUAUGAAUAAGACUAUUAGUCCUAAACCAUCAACUUCUGGAUUACUCCCUUUAAAUGGAUCAGUUAAUGGCACAUCGAUUACUAAAGACAUUACUGAGAAUUCAGAAAUCAGUUCUCAAACGUCAGCAAGUAAAAGUACAGAACUUCCAUGUACCAUGCAAAAGGGCACAAAUUUUAUUGGGCCACUGUUACCACAAAAAUUACAAGAUAAAACACAACCGAGAUUGAUUAUGCAUAUUAAAAAUGGAAAAAUUUUAAAUGGGAAUAGUUUGGUUCCUUAUGAUGGAUCUAGUGAAGAGGAGGAUAUUAUCUGUAUUGGAGCAUUGAAAAAUAACGCGAAUUCAAAUACUCCGCCAAAAACAAAUGUUUCUUCCAGUGGUACUAAUGGCAUGCAAAAAGGUUCUCCGAUAAAGAAUAAUUCACCUAAAACUGUUAUUAAUUCUAAAGAUAUGCAAAAAUCUGCGUUAAAGACAAAUGGCAGUAGUAUUUCUCAGAAUCAAACUAAUAUAACACAAUGUACGAAGAUACAAAAUGGUUCUAGUUGCAGUACCAUUACGAGUCUAAUAAAAUAUCAAAAUGGUCAAUCAGAAGUAAACAGUAAAACAGAAAGCAGUAGUAAUAAGACUAAGUGGCAUCAAUCUGUAAGAGCAAAAGUAGGACAAGACGAGAAAGUGAUUACAAAAGCUGCAAGCAGCAGUAUGAAAGGUUGGCAAGUUUCGAAAGAUACGUUUUCUCCAACAUCAGCUGCAGUACCUAAUGGGUGGUCAGUUACCGAUAAGGAAGAUAUUAACAAAGGUAGUCAAAAUAAUACGACACCCAGUGCUGCAGCUUUAAGAGAUUUCAAUGGAACGAAUCGUUCCGAAACGGUUUCACAUUUAUUGAAGAUGUCUCAUCGUGGUUACGGCAGUUCUUCGGUUUCAAAUUGGAAUGGCAAUAGAACGCAUUUAGACCGAGAAAUUGACAAUGAUAGGCGGGAGGAACGCAAACGUCACUUUAAUACAGAUGACGAAGAACUAGACCGAGGACGAGUGAAAAAAGUGAAAGAUCAUCGAACAUAUGAAGAAAGAAGUAACACUGGGUAUAAUCCUUUCCAAGAAUAUCAAAAUGGCAAAACGUGGAAUCGAUCUAUUAAUGAUUAUUACCGAAGGCAUUACUACAAUACUUCUAGCUAUACUCGACAACGUCAUGGUAGAAAUUAUAGGCCUUCACAUUACAGAUAUAAUAAUCAUUCUCGAGCACAUUGGCAACGGGGAUAAAAUAAAAGGAGAAAACUCAUUGAGGGAAAAACUUCGAAAGCAAUCCGAUACUGAAAGACUUUGUUAGUUUUCAAUUACUAAAAGAAAUUAUAAUUUUUCAAUACGUUGAAAUUGAACUACAGACGUGACAAUGUUAAUUUAGAUAAUUAAUAUUCAAAGCUACUGUUCACAUUUACUCUUAACGAAU